CCUUGCAACAAGAGCGAACGGGAAGCAAUCAGAUUUUCUCAAAUUCCGCUCGAGUACCUUUCCGCUACAGCGGAUCGGGAGGAGCAACAACACAGAUCGGGGGCCUCGAGACCCGAUGGCCGAACGACUUGAAGAGUCGAUUCUACCAAAUGUUCUGGGAUCGGCCUGUGCCGGUAUCAUAGCUCGCAUUUCGACGCAUCCACUCGAUACAACCAAAGCUCGCUUGCAGGCCCAAAGCGCCCCGAGGUUCCGAGGUCCUGUUGACGCUCUGGCACAGACUGCCAGAGCCGAAGGUAUCACCGGCUUGUAUCGAGGCUUUGGGGCAGUAAUCAUCGGUGGCACACCAGGGACUGUUCUUUACUUAUGCAGUUACGAUUUCGUUAAAAAAGGGCUUUCGCAAGCUUGGGAAUCACGUAUGAAUCAACCUAUGGAAGGCACGGGUGCAGAUUUUGCCGUACAUUUUACGGCAGGAAUGCUGGCAGAAACAAUCGCAUGCAUCAUCUAUGUUCCAGUGGAUGUUGUGAAAGAAAGAAUGCAAGUCCAACAGGGCUUACAAAGCUCACCAUCGGCUUAUAAAAGUAGCUGGGACGCUUUUCAGAAGAUUGCAAGGUCCGAAGGCAUUACUGGAAUCUACAAGGGCUAUACGGCUACGUUGGGCUCGUUUGGUCCCUUUUCAGCGCUGUACUUUGUCUUUUACGAAAAAUUGAAACGCUCGAGUUGUCAAUAUGUAUCCAGAGAACCGUAUACUAUAUCUGGCUCUUCGGGAAGAAAUACGGAACUUCCUUUUCCUUGGGUGGUAGGUUGUAGCGCUGGUGCUGGAGCACUAGCGUCGUGGCUUACAUCGCCUCUGGAUAUGGCAAAAUUGCGGCUACAAGUGCAACGUGGACAUAUUGCGCAAAAUGCUUCUUCUUUGGCUCCAGUAACGUCAUAUCGAGGCGUGUGGGACUGCUUAAAGCAGGCACAUAAGCGCGACGGAUUUCGUGGCCUUUUUCGCGGUGCUGGUGCUCGAGUUCUCCAUUUCGCCCCUGCGACAACGAUCACGAUGACUAGCUACGAAAUGUGUCGCUCUCUGUUUGCGGGUAUAGGAGGUGCAUAG